AUGAACAGGCCGCCACAGGGUCACGGUCAGCAACGGUUAGGUGCAACAUGGUAUCCAGGGGGCAAGAUGACUUCUACAUGCCAGAGGUCAUAUCCCCAUCUCCUCAACGUGAUGCCAGAGGUGCCGGAGAACAUGCAGGACAACAUUGCUCAACUGGAACACCGCGCUCAUGACCCCCGCCGCGGCCAACAACCACCCGCGCAAUACCAACGCGCCCAAGUUCAGUAUCCCGAGCGCACUUCCUCCGCCGCCCAAGGACCACCUCAACACAGCCAGUUUCACGAUCCCAGUUCCUACGCGCAAUCUGCGACCUAUGACAGCAUGGAUCACCCCAAUUUCUCGCCUUUCCCCGUUCUACGGAAUCCCCCACCUAACGUCCCUCCCACCGACGAGCAGAGAGAGGCGAAUCUGGAGCGCGCACGCAUGGCUGUGUUGUCAACCACCGAUCCAGAGAUGCAAUUAGCCUGGGCCAUGGAUGCACUCGCCUUUGUCGAGGUCGCCGCACAGAAUGAAGCCCGCCUCUGUUUGACUCAGCCCCCGCGCCCGCAGACCCCGCAGGUGGAGCGCCAAUUGCGAAUCGACGCGAUGAACAUUGUCAACUUCUUAGCCGAACAGCGCCACCCCAAAGCGGAAUUUAUCAAGGGCAUGUGGCUCGAGUUUGGCAAAUUUGGCUGCCCAGUGGAUCGCAAGGAGGCAUUCCGAUCAUAUUCGCGAUCCGCUGAGAAGGGGUAUGCGCGUGCCGAGUAUCGGAUCGGCAUGCAGUUUGAGAGUUCGGGCGAACCAGAGAAAGCCAUCAAACAUUAUGAGCGGGGUGUUGCGCGGGCGGAUUCGGCCUCGUACUAUCGCCUGGGAAUGAUGAUUCUUUUGGGACAGCAUGGUCAGCGCCAGGAUUUCAACACCGGGUUGGAAUACAUUCGCCUGGCAGCGCAGUCAUGCGAUCAGAAUGCACCUCAAGGUGCAUACGUAUAUGGCAUGCUUUUAGCCCGGGAGCUCCCUCAAGUGAGCGUUCCGGAAACCUUCUUACCCCUGGAUCUUAAGUUGGCACGUGUCAAUAUUGAAAAGGCUGCAUAUCAUGGCUUUGCCAAGGCCCAGGUCAAGAUGGGUGCCGCAUAUGAACUUUGUCAAUUGAGCUGUGACUUCAAUCCUGCCCUGUCUCUGCACUAUAAUGCACUGGCAGCUCGUCAGGGUGAGCCCGAAGCCGAGAUGGCAAUCAGCAAGUGGUUCCUGUGUGGACAUGAAGGCGUAUUCGAGAAGAACGACGAACUGGCGUUCACAUAUGCGCAGCGCGCGGCUCAAAGCGGUCUUCCGACGGCGGAAUUUGCUUUGGGUUACUUCUAUGAGGUUGGUAUCUUUGUGCCGGUCGACAUCAAGGAAGCUCGCUCUUGGUAUGCCAAGGCCGCCGCCAGUGGCAACAAGGAUGCGUCUGGUCGUAUUGAGAGUAUCUCGCGCUCCAAAACUCUCUCCAGGAAGGAUCAUGAGAAGGUCGCCAUCUCACGCAUCAAGUCGACCCGGUAUACAGCUCAUCAGCGGGGCGGAUCUUUGGAAGCGGCGCCGGAGAACAUCCAAAUGCCAGAUCCCUCCAGGAUAACUCUUUCCGACGGCCCUCCAUCGGGUGCUCCUUACCCCGACCGUCCUCACUCUACGCGCCCGCGGCCCCAACAGGGUUAUCAGCUGUCGGAUACCCGGCCAAGCUCUGCUUUCGGCGUCAACCCUAACCUUCGAUCUAAUGUACCGCCAGGAUAUGGCGGCCCUCCUCCUGGCCCUGGAUCUCGCACACCAUCCUAUGGACCUGGCGGACCCAUGAACUAUCGCCAGACUGGUCCUGGAACCCCUCUCAGCGCCCCUGCUGGACCAGGAAGCCCGCAGCCUAAUAGCAUACACAGUCCUGGUGGGACCCCUCGUCUCGAUAUUGGUUACUCUGCACCAAUGCCGCCCCCCGGAGGGCGACGCCCACCUCGCCUUGACUCGGCGGAGCGCAAGCCCAUCAGAACUCCUGUUCCAGGUCACUCCGGGAUGCACUCACCCGGGUUGGCAUCUCCUCGGCCGCCUGGCUCUCCCUCAUUCCCUCCACGUAUGGAGUCUCGACAACCGUCUCAUGGCUCGGGUGCCUCUACGCCUCAGCCACCAUCCUCGGUUGCGUCGUCGACUUCAUCCGCGCCACAGCCGAAGCCUGCUAAGCCACCGAGCAAAGGACCCAAGACAUUCGAAGAGAUGGGUGUUCCUGCUGCGAAUAAAGACAGUGAUUGCGCCAUUGAUGUUUCUGCAAACCUUCACAAUAAGGUGACCAAAACUCAAGCCGCAAAGCUUCUCCGAGAGUUGCAUGAGAAGAAGGAAAUCGAGGGACGAGUUUCUGGCAAACAGACAGUCUACCAUGCUAUCCAAGACCCGGACAUCACAACACCGGAGGCAGCCACGGCUUUCAAGCUCGACAUUGAGGAUCUGGAAGGUCAGCUAUCAACCCUGAAAGCAAGUGAGAAGAAGGCCCGAACAGCCUUAGCAGCUUUGCAGGCAAAGCCCCGAGUGUCCGAUCUCCGGCAGGAUAUCAGCCGUCUCGAGAGCGAAGAGUCAACGAUCCGGGCGCGCUUGGCAAGCCGCCACGAGGGGGACCCUGUCCAGGUUUCGCCCGCAGAGAGGGAAGAGCUCGAGAAAGCAUGGAAACAAUGGCAGCGGCAUGUGAGCGUGCGUCAUCGAAUUUGUCGUGAGCUAUGGGGACAAUGCUCUGAGGUUGUACCGGAGGGCAUGACCGCGGCGGAGCUAUGGGUGAGUUUUGAGCAAUGA